GUAUAUAAACUGCCCGACGUGUGGUUCUCUUCACCAUUCGUCCCGAAGCACCGUACCAAACCGUAGCAGCUUGAACAGACCGAGUUCGAUCCGUUCGCCUAGUACAACAUCACAGUCACCGCCAAAACCUAUCCAAAGUCAUGAUGUCUCCAUCACUGGUUGUUGUAAUUGGGCUCGUAGCCGCGUGCUCGGCCAGUCCGUCGCUAUACUUCAGCGGUCCACAAUACUACAGCGGUUACUACGCGGCCCCCGCCGCCGUGGUCAGCCCGAUCAAGAGCCAAUACCACACACAAAACGAAUUCGGACAUUACGCUUACGGCUACAACGAUGGAUACUCCAGCAAGUCCGAAACCAAACACGCCAACGGUCUGACCGAAGGCGCGUACUCGUACGUCGACCCGAACGGAGUUCUCCAGCAAUACAAGUACGUGUCCGACGAGAACGGUUACCGCGUGUCCGGCACCAACUUGCCCGUGGCCCCAGCCGUCCCAGUAGUCGAGGUCCCGGCCGUCCCAGCCGUCCCAGCCGUCUCAGUCGAGGAUUCCAUCGUCGCCGUCAAAUCCGUCCCGGCCCAUUUCGAAACCCCGGCCGCAGUCGCCGUCGCCGCUCCGGUCUACCAGUCCGAAAUCCCACAACAGGUACAAGACACCCCGGAAGUGGCUGCCGCCAAGGUCGCUCACCAGAUCGCUUACGACGAAGCUAAGAAAGCCGCAGACGCCUCGCCAGCCGAAGAAGAAUCGUCGUCCGACACUGUUGUCCAAGAUUCCGCCGCAGCCCCAGCCGCAGCCGCACCCGCCGCCCCAGUCUUCCAGGCCGAACUCCCGCAACCGGUACAAGACACCCCGGAAGUGACAGCCGCCAAGCUCGCUCACCAGAUCGCUUUCGACGAAGCUAAGAAAGCCGAAUCCGCCGCCUCCGCCGCCGACCUCGCCAGCAAAUUCGCACCUGCCCCAGUCUUGGCCGCCGCACCCGCCGCCGUCACCUCGUACAGUUACCACCCGACCGCUUACGCCGCUUACCCGUCGUACGCCGCCGUCCCUGCACAUGCCCCGGUCGCUUCCUACGCUUACGGCCCGGUAGCGUCGUACGCGUACGCCGCCGCACCAGCCCCGUCUUACGCAUACGCCGCCUCCCCGUUCGCCGCCUCGUCGUACUCGCCGGUGCACAGCCAAUACCACUCGCAAGACGAGUUCGGUCAGUACUCGUACGGUUACAACAGCGGUUCGUCGUCCAAGGCCGAGGUCAAGACCGUCGACGGCGUGACCCGCGGUGGUUACUCGUACGUGGACGCCAACGGACAGGUCCAACACUACAACUACGUUUCCGACCCGGUCAACGGUUUCCGCGUCGCCGGCACCAACCUGCCAGCAGCCAACGCUCUGUAAACGCCAGCCGCCGGCCGCCAAAGUAUAAGCUCUACAUACCACCCUCCCCUGACCCCACGAACACCGAUCCACCCCCAACCCAUUAACCCCAUCACGCUGCUACGUUGUUUCUAGGUACUGGAUGUAAUCUUUUGUGAUAUCAUGUUUGUGUACGAUACCAUACCAUAUAUGGCGCCGAGUCGCCAUUGCGUAUGACGUGCGUAAACCAACACGAUAUAUUAUACUACUAUUAAUAAACGCGUGUUUAUGACUCUUCGUCGAGUUUUGUACAGGCUCCCCUCUAAAAUGGUCACCGGUCCGGAGUGGUAGCGCGACGUUACCGAGGAUCGUCGGAUCCGUUUGCCGCCCGACGUCAAACGAAACCGGUGGACUUUGAUUCGUGCAAAGGAAUUUCGUUUCUCGGCACCGUCACGCUCGCCACUCCACUUCCCCUCGCCCGACGACGAGGUGAAGGAAAAGGGCUGAAUAUAAGUAAAAAAAAAAAACACUUUUUUUUUAUUUUGUUAGCUUUUAAGUUUUUUUUUUUUUUUAUACUGUACUCUGUCUUCACGUGAACACAUCAAUAUUAUUAUUGUAUUUUUGGUAAAUGAAAACUCUGUUAAUAAUAAAUUCACGAUUUUGUAACUGUA